AUUGGUUGUGUAAAAAGCGGCUGACUCUCAUGUUGUACUCAUUGACUUCAAGUAUAUUUGAUAUCAGUAUAUUUUCGUUGUAACAAAAAAAUUAUAUAUUAAAUUAAUAAUGAUUAAACAUCGUUAUUAACGUAUCAUCCACUACAAACCGAUCAUGCUAUCUCGGUUGCUUCGGCAGUUUUUGUUUAAAAUCGUACAUUUAAUUGUAAAUGUACUUGUUGCUGUUCAAAAUGUUUAUCAUCAAUUUUGGAUUAAGAAGUGCAAUUUAUAUAAAGGCGAGGUGACAAAAAAAGAUAUUAAUAUUAUUCGGAAUGUUAUGCCAAAGAUGAAUAAGAAGCUAAAUCAUAUAGUGAUUUUAGCAGACACUGAACAUCAUUCGCUUGGAGACCUAGCUCGAGUGGUUAUUUGGAGUCUCGUAGCUGGAAUACCCUACUUCAGCUUUCAUGAUGUCACAGGUGAACUAAAGCAGAAUGAAGAGAAAUUAUUUUAUGAAGUGGAAAGGAGAAAAAAGGGUAUUCCAGGAUUCAUUAAAUGGCCCAAAAUGCCAGAUUUAAAUGGCUACACCAAUGGAGUCCAAGGACACACAGUGGUGAUAAAUAUAUUUUCAAAUUCGGAUGGACGACAAACCAUAGCACGAUGUAUAAAGGGCAUAGCAAAAGAAGAAGUUCAUUGUAAUAGAGAAUCUAGUGAAUAUACUGCACAAGAACUAGGAAAUACUUUAGCAUUAUAUUACCCUUCCAUUCCAGAUCCAGACUUAAUUUUAUUCUGUGGAUCAUUAUGCUGUACAAAAGGUCUAUUGCCAUGGCAAAUAAGAUUAUCUGAAUUUAUUCAACUUUCUUUAGAUCAUAACAUAACUAUUGACAGCUAUGUAGGGGCAUUGUUUAAAUACAAUAAAUUUGAUCACAGGUUUGGUAAAUGAAUGAACAUGGUGUUUGUGUAAAUACUAUAGAAUAGGCCUAAAUAUAUUUUACUAUUGUGAACAGUGGUGCUGAGCAACCCAAUAAAAUAUUUAUAAUAACAUUAAUUCCGAAAUGGAAUUAACGAAAUUUAUAACAGUGUGUUAAAAAUUUCCUCUAUAUUUCUAUAAUAAAAUUUUGUUACAAAUUCAUUCAAUUUGUUAAGGAUUCACUGAAUAUUUGGGAAUAUUUAUAGCCUCCAUGUUUGUUACUUAAAUUAUGAUUUAUUAUUAUUUAUACAGUGACUACUCUUAAGUAUGAGGUGUAUAAAAGAUUAUUUCCAUUAAAGGUAUGGUACAGGCUGUGACCUUCUACUAUGCUUUUAUAUACAAUUUAUUUUUUAAUGUUUUUGGUAGUUGCAGUAAAAUUAAUUUAUUAAUAAUAUAAUU